CAGCUCCUGUUCCAGGUCAGACUGCAUCGGCUCCAGACUUCUCCUCCUCCGCUCAGAUCUCACAGUCACGCGUGAUCGCACAUCUGUACGUGUGUCUGGAUCUUGUUUAGCGGUCCAGUUUGUCCGUCUGUCUGGUUCUUCAGAAAGCAUAGAGAACCACCAGAGAACCACCAGCUUCUCUGGCAUCCAACCUCCUGGUGUGUUUGGAUUUCGGUGUUGUCGUUUGCCAUGGACCUGAACUUCACCCAGCUCCCUCCCCCCUGGUAUCCGGCUGCAUCCAACCAGACCAGCAACUUCAGCAGCCUGUUCACCCAGCAGGUCCUCCCUGCCCUCUACAUGCUGAUCUGCGGCGUGGGCCUGGUCCUCAACGUCCUGGCCGCCUGGAUCUUCUUCCGGGUCCCCAGCGACUCUGGCCUGGUGGUGUAUCUGAAGAACAUGGUGCUGGCCGACCUCCUCAUGCUGUCCACCUACCCGUGGCGUGUGGCCAGCGAGAUGGACCUUGGCGGCUGGCGCCUGAGGGUGGUGGUGUGUCGCUACACGGCCGUGCUCUUCUACUCCAGCAUGUACGUGGGCAUCGUGUUCAUGGGCCUCAUCAGCCUGGAGCGCUACGUGAGGAUCGUCCGGUCCUCCUCCUCGUUCUCCUGCCGUUCCCCGCUCCUCCAGAGCGUGGGCUUCGCCCGCGUGCUGGCUCUGCUCACCUGGAGCCUGCUGGUUCUGUCCGUGCUGCCCAACGUGGUGCUCACCAGCCGGCCCGGGGACGAGGGGGGGGCCAGGGACUGCAUGAAGCUGAAGAGCCCGCUGGGGAUGCAGUGGCACCAGGCGUCGAACAUGUUCAGUGUGGGGCUGUUCUGGGUGACCCUCCUGGUGCUGGGGUUCUGCUACUCCUCCAUCGCCUGCCAGAUCUACCUCUCCUACCGUCGCGUGCGGCAGGACGCCGGCGAGGUGUGCCGGAAAUCGAACCGUAGCAUCUUGAGCCUCCUGGCGGUGUUCUUUGUGUGUUUCGUGCCGUACCACGCCUGCCGCGUGCCGUACACCCUCAGCCAGAUGCCCGGGGCCGGGUUCAGCUGGCACAGCCGCUUCCUGCUGUUCCAGAUCAAGGAGGGAACGCUGUUCCUGUCUGCGCUCAACGUGUGCCUGGACCCCGUCAUCUACUUCCUGAUGUGUCGGACGUUCAGGGAGUCGCUGCUCAGGAAGCUGUCGGGGGGAGGAGACAGGAGGCAGUCUCUGACCACGGGACAGAGCCUCAGCAACAUCUGAC